AAUGCCAGCUAGAUAGGGCUGGGUGGGUUGGGAGGGUAAUUGUUAAAAGUUAGGAGGGUAAUUUUGUCCGUGGGGUUUGAGACGGGUUGGAAUGGGUUGGGUGGCUUAGCGCAAACAGAGGGAGAGAGACGGAGGAGUAGGGGUUGCAAAAUGGGGUUAGGGUUGAUUUUGGUUCCUGAAAUCGUGGGCUGGUGUCGGUGGGUGUGAGAUUUUGUGAAACGAAGCUCCAUACACAUAGAGAAGGAAGAGGUACGAUUUAGAAUCAGAAGCAUGCACAAAAUCUCCAUCGCCAUGGUCAGAUUCACCCCUCCAUCUUCGCUGCUCUUCAUAAAUCGAGCUCAGCCAUGCAAGUCAGAUGCCAAACCUCCUGAUCUUGGUGUCGACACACUCACAGUUUGGACUCCCAUCGCAGCAUCAUCAUUUGCUCUUGCAGCCGCUUUUGAUGCAAAGGUUCUCAGCCAUGACAUUUGAAUCAAAAUUCUGGUGCAUUUUGGGUGCGUUUGAUACGCAGACGGGACGGAACGGGACGGGACGGAACGAAGGUGUAAUUUUUGAAAAAGACAUGGGGUAUAUUUGUCUUAAAAUGGUAAAACAUUGCGUUCCGCAAACGUGUAACAAACCCGUUCCGGGGGGGGAGGUGGAACGCAAAAACACUCAAAAUCUGUUCCGUGGAACAGCCCGUUCCACCCAUUUUUGGCGUACCAAACGCGGGACGGAACGCCUCGUCCCGUUCCGUCCCGUCCCGUCCCACGUACCAAACGCACCCUUUAGCCACACACUGACAGCUACUGCUGCACUUUAGGUACAAUUAAACAACCAUCAUUCUCCAAUUCAUGUGAAAUACUCGUACAUUGUAUAUAGUUGGGACUUUAAAAAAUCCGCCAUUUUUUUAAGAUAGGCUUUUAAUGUAAAUUCAAUAGAAUGUAGAUCCAACUGAAAGACGUAAUUUACUAUGUCGAUUCAGCUGCUUUGAUUGGUUUCUGAAUUAUUUAAAAAUUGGUGUGUUAAACUAUGAUUACGAAUUCAAAACCCGCAAUGGAGCUUGGGCAUCUUUGCUAGUAUCAACUAUAGUAAAGAGUAGGGUGUGCAGCAAUAUCAAUUAUUGUAACUUUUCUUGCUCAUCGUAAUAGCUACCAUGUAUUUUCCGAUUACAAUCAAUGUAAGCCGAGACGAAAGGAACUAAGAAACAGUCAGUCACAAAUCGACAAUUUAAUUCUGACCAUAAAGUAGAAAGGUAUAACCACCGAAACGAGUAAAUGAUUGUCAGAAUUGCGUAUUAUAAUUGAUUUACCUUGUUGACCGAGAGAUUGCGUGCACCGAGAAGCAAAGAGAAGUUGGCCCAGCCAGAGCCAACCACUCCUGCAAUCUGUGGUUUACUUUAUUUCAAUGGUUGAAUAGUGUAAGUCUCGGAAGAAGCUUCCUUAAAUAUUUAAUUUAGCACUCCCGUCUAUGUCAGCAUCUUCAAUUAUAAUAGAGUGAAACCUCGCUGAUGAAAGAAUACCUACAAAGAUGUAAUAUAAAAUAGACACUUGCUUAUACAAUGAUAUCAUUAUAGCGGUAUUUUAAAUUAAUCACGUAUUAUUUGAUUUAAAGUUA